CUACCGCUACAACAAAUGUGGAGCGGUGGAGCAGUCAUCAUAAAAGUUUGUUUAUCCAAAUGUGAAUGCGUUUGCAUGAAAACAUAUGAUUCCCAGAUCACAGUUGAAGAGAAAAUGGUAAAACAGAGCAUCCAGAUCUUUGCCCGCGUAAAACCCACAAAGAAACCGGCCUCGGUAUACUGUGUGGACAAUGGGGAGCCGGCGGGUUCCAUACUGGAGUUCCUGGUACCCAAGGACCUGGCUGACGGCUUCAUAAACAACAAGAAGGAGACCUACAAGUUCAGGUUCCAAGAGGUGUUUGAUCAAACAGUCAAGCAAGAGGACAUAUUUGAAGCCAUCGCCAAGCCAGUGGCAGACAGUGUAUUGUCGGGAUACAAUGGUACCAUCUUUGCCUAUGGCCAGACUGGUAGCGGGAAGACCUUCACCAUCACAGGAGGCGCUGAGCGCUACAGUGACCGGGGCAUCAUCCCUCGCACGCUGUCUUACCUCUACCAGCACUUCAGCCAGGACAGCAGUAUGGUGUACACCACCCACAUAUCUUACCUGGAGAUCUACAACGAGGUGGGCUAUGACCUGCUGGACCCCCGGCACGAGGCCUCUCGCCUGGAGGACCUACCGAAAGUUACCAUCAUGGAAGACCCGGACCAGAACAUACACCUGAGAAACCUGUCACUCCAUCAAUCAGCCAAUGAGGAGGAGGCUCUCAACUUGCUCUUCCUGGGAGACACCAAUCGCAUGAUUGCAGAGACCCCUAUGAACCAGGCAUCCACGCGUUCUCACUGCAUCUUCACCAUGCACGUUUGUGGCCGUGAGCCCGGCUCGGUCACCGUGCGGCGUUCCAAGCUACAUCUGGUGGACCUGGCAGGCUCGGAGCGGGUGGGCAAGACAGGCGUGUGUGGGCAGCUGCUCACAGAGGCCAAGUACAUCAACCUGUCACUGCACUACCUGGAGCAGGUCAUCAUUGCUCUCUCAGAGAAGAACCGCUUGCACAUUCCCUACCGAAAUUCCAUGAUGACGUCGGUGCUGCGGGACAGCCUGGGAGGGAACUGCAUGACCACCAUGAUCGCCACUGUGUCUGUGGACAAGAGAAAUGUUGAUGAAUCCAUCUCCACAUGUCGCUUUGCCCAGCGGGUCGCUCUGAUCAGGAACGAGGCUCUGCUGAAUGAAGAGAUGGACCCUGCCCUGCUAAUUGUGAGUCUGAAGAGGGAGAUCCAGUGCCUGAAGGAAGAGCUCUCUAUGGUGACCGGGGAGAAAAGAGAGGACCAGCUAACUCAAGAGGAGAUUCAUAAGAUGGAGGAGCUGGUCAAGGUCUUUCUGGAAGACCCUGAUUGUGAGGUCACACUGGCAUUGGGACCUGACAUGAGAAAAAUCCAUUACUGUUUCUCUCUGCUAAAGGUAAUGAUACGAGAGAGGUUGUCUAUUGGAGACGAGGGAGGCGACCACCCAAGCCCUCCCCCACCUGUGGUAUUCCCCGACCAAAAAGACAGUCCCCAGGUCCAGCCUGCAGACCUGAUCAAGCUGAGGGAAAUGUUGACUCAGCGCGAUAACGAGAUCAAUAUCCUGGUGAGCAUUCUGAAGAAGGAGAAGAGGAGAUCUAAGGACGCUGCUGCUCAACUGGCCAACAUCUCCAAUGGCCGUUCCUUGGACCCUCAGAGUCCUUUGAGGUUAUACACAGCGUCACUGGCAGGAGACACAGAGGCAGUUGAGAAUGACCAUGGAGUGCCACCCACUCUUUAUGGGGAAAGAGCGUCCAAGCUGUCGAUGGGAAAACAGGAGGCUUUUGAGAUCUUCAGGAGAGACCAUGAAGACCGGCUGACCAUCGAGGACAACAAGGCCCUGCUCAAACAGAGGUUUGCUGAGGCUAAAGCAUAUGGGGAGGAGGUGAACGAAGCCAGAAACGGAGUCAAUAAACUGAAGAAGCAGUUGGAAUUGCAUAGGAUGCAGAGAGCCGCUCACGGUGUCACUGUUAGCCCAGCAGAGGUAGAGGAGGUAGACCCUGUGGAAGAAAACAUCCGCAGACAGAUGGAUGAGGAGAAGAAGAGUUACAAGAGCACCUUUGGCCAUCUGAAAACACUGAAGAUGGAGAUUGAGCACCUGCAGCUGCUGCUGGAGCGGUCAAAGGUGAAGCUCCAGAGAGACUUCCAGGAUUGGUGGAGCCAGGAGGCCGCCAUGCUACAGGUCCCAGAGUCAGAGGGCAUGGCUAGGGGUCAAAGUUCAAUACGGACCAAUCAGAGCUCCGAGUCGUCCUCUCCUAGCCAUCCAAUGACCAGAGCCCUGUCCUCCACUGAGCUCUCAAAGUCCUUCUUCCCUCUGACUGGAGACCAGCAGACAGACGCAGACAUCCUGGGCUUCAUUAGGGCCCGACACAACCUGCUAAACAGGACAGGGCCACCUCUGCCAUGACCAAAAUGCUUGUCUUGUGGCUGCAUCCCGAGCAGAAGUGAAGGAGUGCCACCCGGGAACAUCUGAAUGUGUUCGACACACAUAGGAUCUAUGCGAUUGGUGCCUAAUGAACUUAACCAAGAUGCUCUCACAUGUCCACAUGAGACUCAGGCCUCAAUUAUGUUAGAAUGGAUGUUGGUUGGAUGAAAAGGAACUGGAGGAAGACUAAAAUUCACUCACUCACACACAUACACACACACACACACACACACAUUCUCUCUCAGACAUACAAACACACACACUCACCCACUCUCUCACUCACACAAACACUAGUGGUGUGUGGGUCAUCCCUGUUAGUGAGCAUUUCUCCUUUGCCAAGAUAAUCCAUCCAACUGACAGGUGUGGCAUAUCAAGGAGCUGAACUUCUCCGGGAUCGGUGCCCCUUCCAUGGGACGGUUGAGCUAACAUAGCAUGAGGUUGUAAGUAACAAGAAAAUUUCCCAGGACAUAGACAUAGCUGAUAUUGGCAGAAAGCUUAAAUUCUUGUUAAUCUAACUGCUCUGUCCAAUUUACAGUAGCUAUUACAGUGAAAGAAUACCAUGCUAUUGUUUGAGGAGAGUGCAGUUUUGAACAUGAAAAGUUAUUAAUAAACGAAUUAGGCACAUUUGGGUAGUCUUGAUACAACAUUUUGAACAUAAAUGCAAUGAUUCAUUGGAUCAGUCUAAAAAUGUGCACAUACACCGAUGCCAUCUAGUGGCCAAAAUCUAAAUUGCAUCUGGCCUGGAAUACUACAUUAUGGCCUUUCUCUUGAAUUUCAAAGAUGAUGGUACAAAAAAAAUACAAAAUAACGUUUUAUUUUAAUUUUUUUAUUAUCUUUUACCAGAUCUAUUGUGUUAUAUUCUGCUACAUUCCUUCACAUUUCCAAAACAUUCAAGAAUAUGCAUAUCCUUGCUUCAGGGCCGGAGCUACAGGCAGUUAGAUUUGGGUAUGUCAUUUUAGGCAAAAAUUGAAAAAAAGGGGCAGAUCCUUAAGAGGUGCACAUUGUGCUGGGGACAUUGUGUGACAGAACACAAUGCCAAAGAUGUCCCAAGUUUUGAGGGAGCGUGCAAUUGGCUUGUUGACUGCAGGAAUGUCUACCAGAGGCUGUUGCCGCUUCCAACAUUGUUUUAGAGAAUUUGGCAGUAUGUCCAGCUGGCCUCACAACCACAGACGACAUGUAUGGCUAUGGACAACUAACACAAUUGCAUUCUAUCGCAAGCACAGAGACACCGUAACGAGAUCCUGAGGCCCGUUGUCAUACAUCCGUCUCCAUCACCUCAUAUUUCAGAAUUAUAAUUCACGGAUCUGUACACAAUUCCUGGAAGCUGAAAAUGGCACAGUUCUUCCAUGGCCUGCAUACUCACCAGACAUUUCACCCAUUGAGCAUGUUUGAGAUGGUCUGGAUCACCUUGUACGACAGAGUGUUCCAUAUCGCACAGCCAUUGAAGAGGAGUAGAGCAACAUUCCACAGGCCACAAUUAAGUCUGAUCAACUCUAUGCAAAGAAGAUGUGUUGCGCUGCAUGAGGCAAAUGGUGGUUACACCAGAUAUUGACUGGUUUUCUGAUCCACACCCAUUUUUUUAAGGUAUCUGUGACCAACAGAUUCAUAUCUGUAAAUCCAGUCAUGUGAAAUACAUAGAUUAGGGCCGAGUGAAUUUAUUUCAAUUGACUGAUUUCGUUAUAUGAACUGUAAUUCUUUAAAAUUGUUGCAUGUUGCGUUUACAUUUCUGUUCAGUAAAUAUGUGAAAAUCUGAGGCCUGCGCCUGACCCGGCAAUAUAGAAAAUGCACUGUGUGCUACAGUUACAGAUGGUCCCCCAAAAAUUUGACAGGGGUGCAGGAUUUAUUUUGCCUGAUUUAGAAAUGUUUCUGCUUAUAAUUUCCAACAUUUUGGUAGACAAUUUGUUAGUCAAUGUGUCUAUAAUUAGAUACAUGCAGGUUCUCAUCUGUCAUUCAUUAUAUGUUGCCCAAGAAGACUAAAUAAACCUUUGCUCACCAGAAUGUCAUAAAUCGAUAGAGUUAAUGCUUCAAUCUAGUUUGCAUCUGCACCUUUCAUCUCGGCUUCCUUCGUGGAGAAAACACGUUUAGGGACCAGGUACAAAAUGCAAUAACAAAAAAAAAAGUUUUUUUACAUUUGCAUUUCCAAUUUUGCAAAUGACAUCAGUUUAACCGGUUGUAAGGAAAUAGAAAGCUGUGAAAAUGACCCAACAUGUUUCUGUUAAGAUUUCAGUUCGACUUGAAUGUAUAUUUUAUGUGUUUGAAAUACUAUAAGCUUUUGUGUUGCUGAUAAAGAUUGCACCUCUACAGAUGGUAUCUAACUGGCUAUGCAUGCCAUCGAUAGAAUGCAAAAUAAGAAAUCUUAAAAUAGUAUAGUUUAAAAAUAAACUAUACUAUGAAACAAAGAUGAAUGAUAAUAAAAAGCUUUGGGGCACCUUAAAUUCAAUUUUGGGGAAUAGAGCCAACUCGGCUCCAUCGUUCAUUGAAUCAGGUGGCUCAUUUAUCACAAAACCCACUGAUAUUGCCCACUACUUUAAUUACUUUUUCAUUGGCAAGAUAAACAAACUUAGGGAUGACAUGCUAGCAACAAAUGCUGACACUACACAUCCAAGUAUAUCUCACCAAAUUAUGAAAGACAAGAAUUGUACUUUUGAAUUCUGUAAAGUCAGUGUGGAAGAGGUGAAAAAAUUGUUGUUGUCUAUUAACCAUGACAAGCCACCAGGGUCUGACAAUCUGGAUAGAAAAUUACUUAGGUGUGGCAAUAUCGUCCGCUAUUAUCCUAUUUGCCACAUCUUCAAUUUAGGCUUACUAGAAAGUGUGUGCCCUCAGGCCUGGAGGGAAGCUAAAGUCAUUCCACUACCCAAAAACAGUAAAGCCCUCUUUACUGGCUCAAAUAGCCGACCAAACAGUCUGCCACCAAUCCUUCUGGAAAAAAUGGUGUUUGACCAGAUACAAUGGUAUUUUACAAACAAAUUGAAAACAGACUUUCAGCACGCAUAUAGGGAAGGACACAACAAGCACGGCACUUACACAAAUUACUGAUGUUUGACUGAGAGAAAUGUAUGAUAAAAUGAUUGUGGGGGCUGUCUUGUUAGACUUCAGUGCAGCUUUUGACAUUAUCGGUCAUAGUCUGCAGCUGGGAAAAUGUAUGUGUGAUGGCUUUACAUCCGCUGCUAUAAUGUGAAUAAAGAGUUACUUGUCUAACAGAACACAGAGGCUGUUCUAUAAUGGAAGCCUCACAAACAUAAUCCAGGUAGAAGCAGGAAUUCCCCAGGGUAGCUGUGUAGGCCCCUUACCUUUUUCAAUCUACAUGCCAGUGUGUCUAUGUAUGUGGAUGACUCAACACUAUACACGUCAGCUAUUACAGCAACUGAAAUGACUGCGACACUUAACAAAGAGCUGCAGUUUGUUUUGGAAUGGGUAGCAAGGAAUGAAUAAGUCCUAAAUAUUUCCAAAACUAAAAGCAUUUUAUUUAGGACAAAUGAAUGGGGCCAUGUAUCGUGAGAUUUUGAGUGAAAACCUCCUUCCAAGUUUUUUCAUUUGAUGAGUCCAAUGCGAAUGAUAUACUGCUUCCUUGGGAACAGACCCAAAUCCCCAUUAUUUGCGUGAAGAAAAAGAUAGAGAAAAAGGUGGCAGAGGUUGGGCUGCCUUCUGAGAAUUUGUGGGCGAGCCAGUAAAUCUCCACUGCCAUCCGUUCCAUUGGCCAAAGUGCAAUAAUUGGAAAAUAAAAUCCAUGACCUACGAUAAAGAUUAUCCUACCAACGGGACAUUAAAAACUGUAAUAUCUUAUGAUUCACCAAAUCGUGGCUGACAACAUCAUCCCCACAUUGAUCGUACAAACAUAUCCCAACCAGAAGCCGUGGAUUACAGGCAACAUCCGCAUCGAGCUAAAAGCUAGAGCUGCCACUUUCAAGGAGCGGGACACUAAUCCUGACGCUUAUAAGAAAUCUCUCUAUGUUCUCAGAUGAACCAUAAAACAAGCAAAGCGUCAAUACAGGACUAAGAUUGAAUCAUACUACACCGGCGCUCGUCGGAUGUUGCAGGGCUUGAAAACUAUUAUGGACUACAAAGAGAAACCCAGACGUGAGCUGCCCAGUACAGGAAAAGACGGGCCGAACAGGCUCUCAUUAACAUUGACGGGGUUGUAGUGGAGCGGGGCGAGAGUUUCAAAUUCCUUAGGUCGUUGGUGAUGUGGACACCAUCAUGGUCCAAACACACCAAGACAGUUGUGAAGAGGGUACAACAACACCUUUUCCCCCUCAGGAGACUGAAAAGUUUUGGCAUGGGUCCCCAGAUCCUCAAAAAGUUAUAUAGCUGCACCAUCAAGAGCAUCCUGACCGGUUGCAUCACUGCCUGGCAUGGCAACUGCUCGGCAUCUGACCGUAAGGCAUUACAGAGGGCAGUGUGUAUGGCCCAGUACAGUUCAAGCUUCCUGCCAUCCAGAACCUAUAUACUAGGCGGUGUCAGAGGAACGACCAAAAAAUUGUCAAAGACUCCAGUCACCCAAGUCAUAGACUGUUUUCUCUGCUACCACACGGCAAGCGGUACUAGAGUGCCAAGUCUAGGACCAUAAGGCUCCUUAACAGCUACUACCCCCAAGCUACUACCCCCCCACCAUUUGUUUUGUACACUGCUGCUACUCACUGUUUAUUAUCUAUGCAUAGUCACUUCACCCCUACCUACAUGUACAAAUUACCUACAUGUACAAAUUACCUCGACUAACCUGUACCUCGACUAACCUGUACUAACCUGCACAUUGACUCGAUACCGGUACCCCCUGUAUAUAGCCUCGUUAUUUACGUUUUACUUUUGUUUAUUU